AUGCCGGUAAUCAAUGUUAAAGAUGACCAAGACUUUAAAAAUCAACUAUCACUCGCAGGACCUAAACCAAUCAUCGUAGAUUUCACUGCGGUAUGGUGUGGUCCAUGCAAAAUGAUUGCACCUGCAUUUGAGGCGUUUUCGAAUCAAUAUCUCGGAGCCAUUUUUUUGAAAGUCGACGUCGAUGUGUGUGAGGAAACAACCGCUAAUCAUGGAGUGACUUCCAUGCCCACAUUUAUGGUCUUUCUGAAUGGAAACAAGAUGGAGACGAUGAAAGGUGCAAACAAAGAAGGAUUGGAACAAAUGGUCAAAAAAUUCGCAGAUAACUCAGCGAGUGGUUCCCUUGUCGACGGUCAAAGCGAUCUUACCACGCUUGUUGACAAGAAGCAAAUGGAGAGUUUGAAUGGAUGCGAUGAUACUCCACUUGAUCGAUUCCUCGAAGGAAACUGCAACUUGGUUUCUGACUGCGAUGAGCAGCUCAUUGUCUCUCUCCCAUUUAAUCAGCCCGUGAAGGUUCAUUCUAUUUUGAUCAAAGGUGUUAGCGACCGUUCUCCAAAGAAGGUCAAAGUUUUCAUCAAUCUUCCCAAAACAAUUGAUUUUGACAACGCCGCUGGUCUCGAGCCAACUCAGCUCCUCGAAUUUGAUGAUACCGCCACCAAAGGGGAAGGUCAGAUCAUACCGCUGAAAUACGUCAAAUUCCAGAAUGUCCAAAACAUUCAAUUCUUCAUUGAAGACAAUAUUGGAGGAGGAGAUGUCACUGAGCUCGUCAAAUUGACUGUCUUUGGAACUGCGUUGUCAGCAAUGAACAUGAACGAGUUCAAAAGAGUUGCCGGUAAAGCUGGAGAUGCACAUUAA